AUGACAGAAUCUUCAUCAUCAGAAUUGAGCUUCUUCAGUGCAUUAACACAUUGCCAACAGUUACGACGACUACGGAUAGGUUACAAUCCCCUGAAUGGAAUUCUUCCAUCUUCUGUUGGUAACCUUUCUACUUCUCUUGAAUAUGUGUAUGCAGCUUAUUGUGGAAUAAGAGGCUACAUUCCAAAUGAAUUCACUAAUUUGAGCAGCUUAGCGUUCUUAUUUCUGCAAGGCAACAACUUGGCUGGAUUCAUUCCAGCAACAAUUGGAGCACUAUCAAAACUCUUGAACAACUUGGGAUUUCUAAGUUUGAGCUAUAACGAGUUUUGCCGCACGGUGCCAGCAUGCUUAGGGAACAUUACAUCUCUAAGAUACAUUUAUCUAAGUUCCAACAAAUUUAACUCUGCUAUACCUUCAAGCUUCGGGAGCCUCGGUGAUCUCUUGCAUCUUGAUUUGUCUUCAAACUAUUUGAGUGGCUCUCUUCCCUCAGAAAUUGGAAGUUUAAAGGCUGCGACACUGUUAAAUGUUUCUAUGAAUCAAAUUUUAGGUGUCAUCCCUAGUGCAAUUGGAGGUAUGCAAGAUGUGAUUGAUCUUUCCCUUGCAUUUAAUAGAUUUGAAGGACCUAUUCCUAGAUCAAUUGGCAACAUGUUAGCCUUGGAAUCUCUGGACUUAUCAAGUAAUAACCUAUCUGGUUCCAUCCCCAAUUCAUUGGAAGCACUUUCACAUCUUUCAUUAUUUAACGUGUCCUUCAAUAGAUUAAGUGGUGAAAUUCCUUCUGGAGGUCCUUUUGCAAACUUCACAUCUAAAUCCUUUAUGUCAAAUGAAAGACUUUGUGGCACUCCUCAGCUUCAAGUCCCAGCAUGCAGAGCUAGCUUAUCUGGAAAGCGAAGGACAAAAAGAGUGCUACUAAUUGUGUUAAUUACACUAGCAGUUUCUCUCAUAGUUGUGGCCAUCAUCAUCCCUGUUGCCUUAAUGCGAUCUAGAAAAACAAGCAGCACAAUAACUGGAGGAGAUUCCUUAGAUGCUAUAGCACAUGGCAGAAUAUCAUAUCAUGAAAUUGAACAAGCUACUAAAGGAUUUAGUGAGAGAAAUUUGAUUGGCAUGGGAGCCUAUGGUUCUGUUUACAAGGCAUUAAUCAAUGGAUCAAAUGUAGCUGUGAAGGUGUUCAACUUACAAAUAAAAGGUGCAUUUAGAAGUUUUGACAUAGAAUGUGAAGUACUACGUAACCUUGGUCACAGAAAUCUAACCAAAGUCAUCAGCAGCUGUUCCAGCCUUGACUUCAAAGCUUUAAUUUUUGAAUAUAUGUCUAAUGGAAGUCUUGAAAAGUGGUUGUACUAUCAGGAUCUGUACAUGGAUUUUUUGCAAAGACUAGACAUAAUGAUUGAUGUGGCAUCAGUAUUAGACUAUCUGCACGAUGGUUAUUCAAUCCCUGUGCUUCACUGUGAUCUGAAACCAAACAAUGUUUUACUUGACGAAAAUAUCGUAGCACAUGUGGGUGAUUUUGGCACUGCAAAAUUAUUAGGGAUGGGAGAGAGCAUGGCCCAAACUCAGACACUAGCAACACUGGGAUACAUGGCACCAAAGUAUGGAUCAGAAGGUUUGAUAUCCAAGAAGUGUCAUAUCUACAGUUUUGGAAUCAUGUUGAUGGAAACUUUCACAAGAAGGAAGCCAACUAAUGAAAUGUUAUCAGGAGAUAUGACCUUGAAGGACUGGAUAAACGCAUCAUGGCCAGAUGCUGUGUCUGAGGUUAUACAUGCUAAUUUGAUGAGGCUGGAAGAGGAUCUAACAGGGAUGGUUCAUGGUGGCUGUCAAACUACCAAAAAUAAAAUUUAUAUCAAAACCUACUCCCAAAACUAA